CGCCAGGGUUUUUCUUCAGAGAUCCAUAACAAACGCAGAAAUCCGAGUACUUGCAUGCUGAAUGAGAGGAAGCCCCAAACUAGGCGCAGUUGUGGCGGAUGUGCGGAGUAGCUUUGUCCAGAGCUCACUUUGAAAAGCAGCCACCCUCCAACUUGAGGAAAUCCAAUUUCUUUCACUUUGUUCUGGCUCUCUACGACAGACAGGGGCAGCCCGUGGAAAUAGAGAGGACAGCUUUUGUGGACUUUGUAGAAAAUGAUAAAGAGCAAGGCAAUGAAAAGACAAACAAUGGAACACAUUACAAACUGCAACUCCUUUAUAGCAAUGGUGUCAGGACUGAACAGGAUCUGUAUGUUAGACUCAUUGAUUCAGUCACUAAGCAGCCCAUAACUUACGAAGGACAGAACAAGAAUCCUGAGAUGUGCAGAGUUUUGCUUACCCAUGAAGUCAUGUGCAGUCGGUGCUGUGAGAAGAAAAGUUGUGGCAACAGAAAUGAGACUCCAUCUGACCCUGUGAUCAUUGACAGGUUCUUCUUAAAAUUUUUUCUCAAGUGCAAUCAGAAUUGCUUGAAAACAGCAGGAAACCCAAGAGAUAUGAGGCGGUUCCAGGUUGUGCUAUCAACAACAGUGAAUGUUGAUGGGCACGUACUGGCAGUGUCUGACAACAUGUUUGUUCAUAACAACUCCAAGCAUGGACGGAGAGCAAGGAGACUCGACCCCUCAGAAGCCACACCGUGCAUCAAAGCAAUCAGCCCAAGUGAAGGCUGGACUACAGGAGGAGCAAUGGUGAUCAUCAUUGGAGACAACUUCUUUGAUGGGCUGCAAGUUGUGUUUGGGACCAUGCUCGUAUGGAGUGAGCUCAUCACGCCUCAUGCCAUCCGAGUCCAGACGCCUCCACGCCACAUUCCCGGGGUGGUUGAAGUGACAUUGUCGUACAAAUCCAAGCAGUUUUGCAAAGGUGCACCGGGCAGGUUCAUUUACACAGCUUUAAAUGAACCUACCAUAGAUUAUGGCUUCCAAAGGCUGCAGAAAGUCAUCCCCAGACAUCCUGGUGACCCUGAAAGACUAGCCAAGGAAAUGCUGUUGAAACGAGCUGCUGACCUGGUGGAAGCACUGUACGGAACGCCACAUAACAACCAGGACAUCAUCCUGAAGCGAGCUGCAGACAUCGCAGAAGCUCUCUACAGCGUCCCGCGGAACCCUGCGCAGAUCCCCGCGCUCUCCAGCUCUCCUGCCCACAGCAGCAUGAUGGGAAUUAACUCCUACGGGAGCCAGUUAGGAGUCAGCAUCUCAGAGUCAACACAGGCCAACAACCAAGGUUAUAUUCGUAACACAAGCAGCAUCUCACCCCGGGGUUACUCAUCCAGUUCCACACCUCAGCAGUCCAACUACAGCACUUCCAGCAACAGCAUGAACGGCUACAGCAACGUCCCCAUGUCAAACCUGGGAGUACCCGGCUCGCCCGGCUUCAUCAACGGCUCUCCCACAGGAUCCCCCUAUGGAUUAAUGUCUUCAAGUCCAACAGUUGGCUCCUCCAGCACUUCUUCCAUCCUUCCAUUCUCCUCUUCCGUCUUUCCUGCUGUCAAACAGAAGAGUGCCUUUGCUCCUGUCAUCAGACCCCAAGGGUCUCCUUCUCCUGCCUGCUCUAGUGGCAAUGGAAAUGGGUUUAGAGCCAUGACUGGUCUUGUCGUUCCUCCGAUGUAAGGAAGGGGCAGCUUUGCUCCUCUCCCUCUUCCCUUUUUUCCCUCUUUGUUUUUUUUCAUUGUUCUUUUACAGCACAAAACUACUUAUUGUGAUGGACCACUAAAAAGAAAAAAAUAGCACUACAAGCUCUUUUUUGGGGGAAAGCCAGGCCCAGGAAAAACAAACAAAAAGGAACAUUUUUUAUGGAUUGGACAAGAGAGAAGUCGGCAUCUUUUACCUGUUUCAUAUUUCUGACACAACCACAUCGACUCCUAAAACAUUGUGAAUGAAGAAUCAGCCAAGAGCCAGGACGAACAGCAGUUGGCAGAACGGGAAUCAGGAACACAAAGUCUUUCUUGAAAGACCUGAGACCUUCCUAAGCUUUGUAAAAUAUUACCAGGAGAAAGAAAUUGGCAAAAUGAUUCAAGCUUGAUAUUUUGGAUACAAUUUGUUUUACUUUGUAGGGGAAAAAAGUUGAAGUUUCUAUUUUCUAUGGAGCCUUUCAGAUAUCGAUUUAGUUUAUGCAGAAAAAUAAAUUCAACAAAACAGGGUACCAGCAUGAAAGAAUUUCUAGGACAAACUGACAUGAGUGAUGGAACUUUGGUGUAUGUGUGUAUUUGCUUAUAGUUUAACCUCUUUAAAAAAUGUAAGAUGUUUUACAAUUAUUUAAAUAAACUU